GCCGCCGCCUGAGGAAUGUCAACUAUUCAACAUGGAGACGGCGGUUACCAGGCUCGAGACCAUGUUCCAGAAGGCAGAAUCUGAUCUGGAUUAUAUUCAACACAGACUGGAAUUUGAGAUAAUGAAAAGUCUUCCUGAUAAUCCAGCAGCAGAGGAAAACCCCGUUGCUCUCUUAGAAGAACUCUCCAUGGUGAAAACUCGUUACAAAACGUUAUGUAUGCAGCUGGAAAAAGUUUCCUUAGAGCAGAGAGAAUCCAUGAAUGGCAUCCGUGCUGCUCUGGAGAGCACCAUGAAGAUCGUUCAGACACUGCAGCAACACAAUGAUCUCCAGUGCUUGCCUCUGUCAGAAGAAGAACAGGCUGCAGCACAGCAGUUAGGCUUCCAAACUGCUAAAGAAAUGGAAUCACCAGUCAAAAAGCCAUUCUGUUCAGAAUCUGGAGACCCUGACUCAGCUGAAGGGCCACAGUUCAAACCUCUGACUGAAGAAACACUUCAGACUGUUCCAAGGCGGAUCAGAAGCACCGUUAAAUUAGCAGACUUGAACAAUUUGUACAGGGAUUUAUUUAACCACUUUGUUGUAAAUAAGAACAGAGCGGCACUGAGCGUUUCACAGAUGAACAAACUGAACAUGAAGGCCACUGACGCAAGAAUACAGAUCCUGAAGGAGCUUGCUAUUGUGGAACUUGACAAACAGGGCAAUGUUAAAUUGGUCAUGUAAGUGGAGGCCGGGUCCGUCCUCAUCGGGCACGCAGCGCCUUGGCCAUAGCUCUGGUGUUACUAACAUGUGUUUGGUGGCUGGGAGUUACAGAACACUGUUGGGAAAAUGUUAAUCUCCGUAUACAAAUCCUAUUUGUAAUACUUAAAAGCUGCAGAGUGGCCCGUUGGGGCUGGCACUGAACGUGGAUGUUGACCGACUGCAGCCCAGGCGGGUUUUGCACAGCACUGUUAACCAGCUGACGUUUCCACGUGAUGGCUUGCAUUCCUGAGCAUUCCUGAGCAUUCCUGAGCGGGGUUUUGAAGACAAAUAACCCAACCACCUCAUUGCAUUGACAUUCCUGAAUAAAUGAUGAAAGCAAA